AGGAGGCCAAGUUGGACCGAGUCAAGUCACAGAAUCUGAGUCCAACUUGACGCGUUUCACGUCUCCUUCCUCGCAACACCCUAUCACUCUUUACACACAAAUAUAUACAUCAUAGACUCUACACGUUCUAUUCAACGAAUACUCAGAAUCUAGUUUUACCAAUAUCCUUGCUUGAAUAAGAUUCAAAUGACGAUCAUCAAUUUGGGCGGCGCCAUCGCGAUUCGCGAGGUUUGGGCGGAGAAUCUCGAAUCAGAGUUUGAGGUAAUCAGCGGAAUCAUAGACGAUUAUCCUUUCGUCUCGAUGGACACUGAGUUUCCCGGCGUGAUUUUCAAAUCCGAUCUCCGCCGUGGAAACCCGGCCGAUCUCUACCGCCUCCUCAAAUCCAAUGUUGACGCGCUAAGCCUCAUCCAGGUCGGUCUUACUCUCUCCGACGCCGACGGUAACCUCCCCGAUCUCGGUGAUGGCCGGCGCUUCAUCUGGGAGUUUAAUUUCAAGGAUUUCGAUGUGGCGCGUGACGCACACGCUCCGGAUUCGAUCGAGCUUCUCCGUCGGCAAGGGAUUGAUUUCGAGCGGAACCGCCGCGACGGCGUCGACUCCGAGAGGUUCGCGGAGCUGAUGAUGUCGUCGGGGCUUGUCUGCAACGAGGAAGUGAGCUGGGUGACGUUUCACAGCGCGUACGAUUUUGCUUACCUGAUGAAGAUUCUCACGCGCCGGGAACUACCUUGCGCCUUGGGUGAGUUUCAGCGCGUGAUGAGAGCGUUGUUCGGAGAACGCGUGUACGACAUGAAACACAUGAUGAGGUUUUGCGAGAGGAAAUUGUACGGCGGUUUAGACCGGGUGGCAAGGACGCUUGAGGUUAACCGGGAGGUUGGAAAAUGUCACCAAGCCGGUUCCGAUAGUUUGCUUACGUGGCACGCGUUUCAGAAGAUGAGAGAUUUGUAUUUUCACCAAGAUGGGCCGGAGAAACACGCAGGUGUUUUGUACGGACUUGAGGUGUUCUAAAGGAUUAUCGACUAUUUGUAAUUUAAAUUUAAUUAAUUAACUUAAUCAAUCCUUGUAGUAAAUGUUACUGUGGAAAUAAAUAUAAGUAAAAGGCAAAUUAUAAAGUGGAUAUC